AUGAUGAUGAUCACCAAUUCAAGGGAGUUGACCCUCAAAUCAUACAGGUUUUCAUUAUGUGAUAACGACAUGUGUGGCAGGGCUAAUGUAAUUGAGCGAAACCGUCGAUUCAUCCUGGCUAGCUCCCACUUGGCCCCCUAUCGCUUGAACCUCCUCAUACUUGGUGUCGACUGUAGUGUCUGCACGCCUGACACGGCCCGCGCCAGCUCGCUUCCUACUGUCAUCCUCAGCAACGUUCACUCUACUAAACGUCCUCCAGCGCGUCUAUACGUCGAAUCUUGCGGCAACACAUCUGGUCCUCUUGCGAUUGCUCUCGUCGCUUGA